AUGGAUUUAGGGCUUCCCAUUGUUGAUUGGGUAUGUCAUAAAUUCUACAUCAGAUGGACCCCUUAUAAGGUUGAAGAAUACUACGUCAGUAUUCAUUUCCUGAGAACUGUAAAUACAACUAUGGAAGUUAUCAAGAACAACAAGGGUGGUCUCAAGCUAAUUCACGAAGGCUACUUGUAUACUAAGAGGUAUGCCAGGAAGAAUAUUCGAUGGGAGUGUUCCAGCAGAGCUGCAUUUACUUGUAAAGGCGGUGUGACUUCAGACCUGGAGAUAAAGACCAUCGUUAGUUUCACACAACAUAGCCAUGAUCCACAGGAUCAGUCUGUAGCAGUGGCAAAGCUGCGUUCAGCCAUGAAGGAGCGUGCUGGCACAUCACGUGGUACACUUACUCAGCUCCUAGUCGAUUCCAUCAGUGACACACCUGUAGAUGUACGCGCAGAACUCGGUAAACCUGAUCACAUCAAACGUGCACUGCGUCGAGAACGGGCUAAACAUAUGCCCAAGAACCCCACUUCGCUCCGUGAUCUCAUGCUAGAUGAUGAAUGGACCACUUCAAGUGAUGGAGACAGAUUUCUCAUAUAUGACAACGGUGUGGAUUCCUCUGAUCGUAUGUUAGUGUUCGGGACUGAUGACGGAUUACGUCACCUUGCCAGUUCUGAGUCAUGGUUUAUGGAUGGAACAUUCACUGUUGCUCCACUGUUGUUUACUCAGCUGUAUGUGAUUCGUGUUCCACUCGGUGAGUCAGCUGUGACGUGUGUGUAGGCCCUAUGCAUUUCUACCAAACAAGCACCAAUCCACAUAUGAGGAACUAUUCAUAUCAAUUCAGGAUCGCUGCAGCGAGCUAGGAUUCCAGGCUGAUCCUGUAACUGUCACCCUUGACUUUGAACAAGCUGUGAUGAAUGCAGUAAUAACAACCUUUGGUCCACAAGUCAAUGUUCAUGGAUGCUUCUACCAUCUUACGCAGAGCACGUGGAGGAAAAUACAGAGUCUCGGCCUUGUUCAACGCUAUCGGGAAGAGAAGGAUGUUAAGCUUUUCUGUGGUAUGCUUGAUGGACUGGCAUUCCUACCAGUUAAUGAUGUACCAGAGGGGAUGACCUAUCUGCGUGACAACACCCCUGAUGGGCUGGAACCCUUGCUCGUGUAUUUUGACAGCACUUAUGUGUCAGGAUCUUAUCUCCUUUUUCAGCCGCCUCAACGAUCAGAUGGAUCUGUACCUCCUCUUCGUAUGCGCCGUAUUCCCCCUGCGUACGCACCAUCCAUCUGGAAUGUGCACACCAUCACAUUGAAAGGUGGAUCCAGAACCAAUAACAUAUGUGAGGGGUGGAACAAUUCCUUUGCGAAACUAGUUGGACAUGCCCACCCAACCAUCUGGAGAGCCAUAGACAGCAUUCGGAAGGAUCAAACCCAGGCUGCUACUGCACGACUUAUGGAUGAGCGUGGUGAACGACCUGCAAAACGGGUACGACACCACAUAAAGAAGCUGCAGACGAAGCUCCAUAACCUCUGCACUGACAGACGGGAUGACAUCAAGUCCAUUUCGGAAGUUCUGAAAGGCAUCGGCCACUGUGUGAGGUGGAAGUAGGCUAGAUUACACUUGUUUCAAUAAAAAAUAAAUACUGUA